AUGCCCACGACAUCUGUUGACCGUGAACAAUCAUACCAUAGAAUCAGCACUUCCAGUGUCAUGGCGUCGUGGGAUGGGGUCGCCAAGACUUUGAAAGAACGGCUCGAUUGGCACGUCGACCGGUGCAACCAUAUGAUCACGACUCCAUUGCCUGUGAGGCUGGAUUCUGGUGCGCUUCGUGCUGCGCUCCAGGCGCUGCAAGAGCGACAUCCCAUUCUCUGUGCAAAGUCCGGCUUGGCCGGACGCCAUACCCACGCAAAUUAUCAGGAGCUUCAUACGAUCAACACUGACCGGCCGGAUCAUGGACUGGACUUUGUAAAGAGAGCACACCAAGAGCUGUGUAAGCCAUUCGACGACACAGAGCCUCGAUGGCGCGCGGCACUAUUUCGUGAUGACAAGGAUCAAUGGUUGCUCUCCAUUGUCAUGCACCACGAGGACUUCGACCGUUACUCCCUUCGCGUCCUCUGGCAUGACUUCACCAAGAUAUGCAGAGCCAUAUAUCACGCCUUGAACCCGUUCUCGUACUUAGAGCCUCUGGCGCUCGGAUAUGAGGGCGAUGGCAUUGCAGGGUGCCGAGCACAAGGGAUCCGCGCCUCCGACACAGAUCAACAAGUGCGCUACUUGGCAAAGGAAUUGGAUGGUAGCCGUGCUGCUGGACUGUUGAUUGAUAAGCCGAGGCCCGCCUCACCGCGUGGUCAAAUGGCGGCUUAUGAAUUCCGCAUCGAAGGCAGAACUUAUCACGUUCUUAAGGACUAUUGCCGUACUCAUCAAGUAACCCAUUCCGCAUUACUUCGUGCAGCAUUUAGGGCAGCACACUAUCGAAUCACAGGAAUGGAAGAUUCAGUGAUAGGCACUUGCAUAUCUGGCAGAGAUCAACAAAGACUGCAGCACCAAAUCGGAUACUUCGCGAAUACCCUUUGUCUGCGCUUACCUGUCUUGGAAGAAGACACUUUUGGAAGCCUGGUCCAUUACGCUCAAGGUGCAUUCAAGACCGCACUUGAAGCUGAAGAUGUAUCAUCUCGAAAGCUCAGGACUGCAUCACUGUCCGAAGAGCGGAAUGGAACACAUAGCGACUCACCUAGCCUGUUCUUCAACGUCCAUGAUCAAGUCGUCAUAGAAGCCAAGAUGUUUGGUGAAGUUGAUGGCGAGGCUAUAUUCAUGCCCGGCCUUUGCGCAAAGCUUGCCACCGACUGCGAUCUGGAAGUCAACAUCGAUGCGGACGUGGACCAUUUCGAAGGGGUCGCUCUCUACGACGUUGAUUUAUUUACCAAAGACACCAUUCGUGGCUUGAUCGGAGUAUUCCUUGCCAUCUUGCGCCAUGCCCUUGAGAGCGCAAACAUCCCAGUGGGCUGCAUUCCGUUGCAGGACGACACAUGCGAUGUUAACAGCGAGAGACGUCUUGAACAACAGAAUUGCGACUCUACUCGCGAGUCCAGCAUUGUGGAUAUUUUCACUGAGACGGCAGCAUCCUGUCCUGAUCAUGUAGCGAUCAAAGACAUCACUAUGCAGCUGACGUACAAUCAGCUCCACGAACGAUCUGACCACCUAGCUCGGUGGUUGCGUUGGCGAGGACUCGCAGCAGAGACCCUAAUCGCCGUACUGGCGCCUCGGUCAUGCCUGGCGACUAUUGCUUUCCUGGGCAUCCUCAAGGCCAAUCUGGCGUAUGUUCCGCUUGACGUAAACGCCCCAGCAGGCCGCUUUGAGACGGUCUUGUCUUCGUUACCUGGGCAGAAGAGGCUUGUCCUGCUCGGCGCUGAUGUGCAGAUUCCGGAGAUGUCGCUGACUAAAGGUUCAGCCGACUUCGCCUGGAUAUCCGCUGCACUCGUGCAACCAGCAGAAGAGGUCAGCCCAUGUGACAUCGAGUAUCCGAGUGCUUCGAGUCUCGCCUAUUGUAUGUUCACAUCUGGAUCUACGGGCAAACCGAAAGGAGUCAAGAUCGAACACCGUGGAGUGGUGAGUAUGGCUAAACACAACAACUUCACCAUUGCAAAGACUGCCCACUUGUCGAAUCUAGCAUUCGAUGCCUCCAUCUGGGAGAUCUUCGUCCCGCUCCUAAACGGGGGAACAGUUGUUUGCAUCGACUAUCUGACAUCACUUGUUCCCGAUAGUCUCUGCGAGGUCAUCAAAAAUGAACGCAUACAAGCAGUUAUGAUCACACCUGGACUACUGCGGCAGUGCCAAGAAGUGCAUCCGACAAUGUUCCGUUCACUACACAGCCUAUACGUCGUCGGAGAUCGUUUCGACCCCAUAGACGCUGUCAAGAUAAGUCACGAUUUGGAUGGUACUGUAUUCAAUGCAUACGGCCCGACCGAGUGUACAGUCAUCAGCACUAUAUACGAAGUACAGAAGCAAGACAGCUUUCCAAACGGUGUGCCCAUCGGGAAGGCAGUAUCCAAUGCCCGCGUUCAUAUCAUGGAUCCAAAGCAGCGCCGAGUCCCGGCAGGAGUGCUGGGUGAAAUUGUGAUCACUGGCCGCGGCCUCGCACGUGGAUAUCUCGAUCGAGCCCUGGAGGCCGGUCGUUUCAUCGAUAUUGUCAUAGACGGCGAGCAAGAGAGAGGAUAUCGUACGGGCGAUCGCGCACGCUACCGUCUCGAUGGUCAGCUGGAGAUGUUUGGACGCAUGGAUCGCCAGACGAAAGUACGAGGUCACCGAGUCGAGCUCGCAGAGAUCGAAAGUGCUAUACUCUGCAACAAGCAGGUCAGCGAUGUAGCUGUCGUGCGCUGCGAGCAGAGCACACCAGAUUCUGCUGCUAUGGUGGCCUUCCUUGUUGCUCACGAAGACAAGUCAACGGGAGGGACAGAGCAUGGAGAGCACAUCUCGGCUUGGACCGAGCACUACGAUUCAACAACAUACUCCAAUCUCCAAGACGUUGAAUUGGACUCACUUGGACACGACUUCGUCGGGUGGGUCUCCAUGCUUGACGAACAGCCCAUACCCAAGACCGAGAUGCAGGAAUGGCUGAGCGACACAAUCGCCACGAUCACGGACAUGCAAGAGCCUGGGCAUGUUCUUGAAGUGGGCACUGGCACAGGUAUGAUCCUCUUCAACCUUCGCAAAGGGUUGCGGAGCUACGUGGGAAUCGAACCAUCAAAACGAGCAGCUGAAUUCGUCGAAAAGGCUAUCAGCUCAAUGCCCGACUUGGCAGACAGGGUCAAGAUCCAUGUUGGUGAAGCGUCAGAUCUUGAUGGUCUCACCGACAUCCACCCCGAGCUCGUGCUUUUGAACUCUGUCGUGCAGUAUUUUCCCUCUCAAGACUACUUUACACAAACAUGCACGACGCUCAUCCAUCUACCGGGAGUCCAACGGAUUGUCUUUGGCGACAUCCGCACAUUCGCUCUUUACCGGGACUUUCUCGCGAGCAUCGCCGUCUACAAGCUAGGGAACGAAGCACGCAAAAGCGAUGUCCGACAAUACAUAGCCGACAAGGUCGACCGCGAAGAAGAGUUACUAGUAGAUCCUGCCUUCUUCUACGUAUUGCAAGAUCGAUUUCCAAGCGUGAUCGAGCACGUAGAGAUCCUACCCAAGAUUAUGCCUGCUACAAACGAGCUGAGUGCGUUCCGGUACACAGCUGUGCUGCAUACACGAUGCCCAGAGGAGAAGGCUAGACAGAUCCAUGAGAUCAGUGAGUCCGCAUGGAUCGACUUCCGUGCUCUAGGGAUGACCAAGGACACGCUCAGUCAUUUUCUUGGAACAUCCUCGCAUGCGCCAAUAAUCGCGGUGCGGAACAUACCACACAGCAAGACAGUACGUGAGCGUUACCUGGUGGAGGCUCUCGAUAGCCAAGACCCAGAGACAAACGGUGAGGCCUCGUGGAUCUCCACCGCCGCCGAUGCAGCUCGUCAGUGUGCGAGCAUGGAUGCUCUCGACCUCAUUGAAAUUGGUCGCAGAGCAUGCUACCAUGCCGAAGUCAGCUGUGCGAGGCAAUUCUCUCAACGCGGAGGACUGGAUGUGGUUUUCCACCGGCAACAGUCUAGCUGUGAAGGAGCCCGGGUCUUGUUCAAGUUCCCUUCCGAUCAUGAAAUCUCAAGACGGAUGACCAGCAGCCCAUUAGUGCUAUCACAGAAGUCCAAAAUCGUGUCAGAUGUUCUGACCGACUUGCGCAAUCGUCUGCCAUCUUACAUGGUACCCGACCGCUUACACCUUCGAGAUCGCCUCCCUCUCAAUGCCAACGGCAAAGUCGAUCGGAAAGAGCUCACGAAUCAGGCGCUCUCGUUGCAACAGGAACAAAGAACAAAACAUGGUCCGAAGACCCCAUGCAACAAGCUACAAGCUCUGCUCCGCGAAGAGUUCGAAGCAGUGCUAGGUGUGCAAAUCGAUAUAGAUGAAAGCUUCUUCGAUGUCGGUGGUCAUUCACUGAGCGCCAUAAGACUGGCAGCCAAACUGACAAGUCGCUGCAAUGCCAAGGUCACAGCCAAGAAUAUCUUUGCGUCGCCCACCGUCAGAGGAUUAGCUCAGGUCUUAACAGACAGACUACCUGAUUAUGAAGGAAGACACAUCUCCGACGAUCGACAUGGGUCGUACCAACCAUUCGGCUUGAUAUCUACAGAUGUCCCCGAUGAUUUCGUAGACCGAGAGUUACUCCCCAAAGUACAGCAUCUUGAGACCAAGGUAAUCGAUGCUUAUCGUCCCACGUAUGCGCAGAGACUUUUCCUGCAAGCGGGCAAAUCGGGCAAGUCCUUGGGUGCGGAUACUUACUACCUUGAUCUCCCAGCCGAUGUAGAUCGUCGUCUUCUGGAAAAGAGCUGUCGAGCUAUAGUUGAGCGAUUCGACAUCUUCCGGACGGUAUUCGUGCGAGUCUCAAAUGGGAUUUACGCAGUCGUUCUGGAGAAUGGAAUGGUGUCUAUCUCGCUACAGAACACCGAUGGCGAUCUUGACGACGCUCUGGCGUCCACAUGGACCACCGACUCACAAAGUCUCACCAACGCGGAGCCUUUGUUACACAUCGCAAUUAUAGCAAAACCAGAUGUCACCGUACGGCUAGCCUUCCGCAUGUCUCAUGCUAUAUACGAUGGGUUGAGUCUCGAGCAUCUGACCAAUACCCUCCACUGCCUCUACACGGGACUCUCUCUCCCGCCAGCUUCAAGUUUCACUACAUACCUACAGCACGCUUACAGCACGCGUGGCUUGGGUCGCGAAUUCUGGCGAACCUACCUGCAAAGCUCAACCAUCACGUCCUUGCGCAACGAUGAAGAAUCCGAUGAUUCAGAAGCCAGUUACUGGGCGCAGCAUACGAUCCGCGUUCCACGUUCAAUGUUGAUCAACGGCAUUACCCAAGCCACAAUAUUCACCACCGCAUAUGCCCAAGCUCUCGCCAAAGAGACUGGCUCGAACGAAGUCCUCUUCGGCCGUCUGGUGUCCGGCCGUCACGACCUUCCUGGAGAUAGUACUGCCAUUGUAGGGCCCUGCAACGCCAUUGUACCAAUCCGUAUCCGCCUUCAGCCAGAGACCGACGUUUCUACACUCUUGAACCAAGUUCAAACCCACUGCCUCGAUAGCCUAUCCUUUGAGACCAUUGGCCUCGAUGACAUUGUAGCGAACUGCACAGAUUGGCCGCAUGAUACGCAGCAUCUUUGGAGCUAUGUCCUAUAUCAAGACUUCUCCACGCAGUCCAUGUUCGCAGGGAAGGAGGUGGCGUGGAAGAAUCUACCUUAUAGAGGGCCGCCAAUUCACGAGCUAGACGUGGGUGGUGUCGUGGAUCAGGAUUCUGGUGAUUUCACAGUCUUUAUGUAUGCUCGUCGACGAAGUUGUAGUGAGGAAGUGGUGGAUCGCAUGCUUAGGAGUCUUUGCCAGUCAUUCCUUAAGAUGAGUGGGGGUGGAGGUGAAGAUCAUGACAUCGUGGCACAGCCUGAUUAUCGGGAGAAGAUGUUCUAG